AUGGACUAGGAGGGACAGGGUGUGAGCUCUCUUCCUGCCAAAACCUCUGACUGCAUAUUAGUGAGGUUUCCCACUGCUAAUUUUUACAAAUGCCAGCUGUCAUUGAUCGGGGCACCCUCUUGAGCAGACCCCGGGAUGGGGAAGACCUUCUCCACCAAGUAGCUGAGCUUUAUCUCUCACACUUUGCCCCAGGCACAGUCUCCAUGCAGAAAGGCAAUUUCUCAGCAGGGACUGAAUUCAUCCUCGUGGGCUUCUCCACCUUCCCCCACCUUCAGAUGAUGUUCUUCCUGUUGUUCCUGCUCAUGUACCUGUUCACGCUGCUGGGGAACCUGCUCAUCAUGGCCACAGUCUGGAGCGAGCGCAGCCUGCACACGCCCAUGUACCUCUUCCUGUGCGCCCUGUCCACCUCCGAGAUCCUCUACACUUUGGCCAUCACCCCGCGCCUGCUGGCCGACCUGCUCUCCACCUGCCGCACCAUCACCUGGAAGGCCUGUGCCAGCCAGAUGUUUUUCUCCUUCACGUUUGGCUUCACCCACUCCUUCCUGCUCACCGUCAUGGGCUACGACCGCUACGUGGCCAUCUGCCACCCCCUGCGCUACAAUGUGCUCAUGAGCCCCCGCGGCUGCGCCUGCCUGGUGGCCUGGUCCUGGGUAGGUGGCUCGGUCAUGGGGCUGGUGGUGACCACGGCCGUUUUCCACCUCACCUUCUGUGGACCCAAUGAGAUCCACCAUUUUGCUUGCCACGUGCCCCCUCUCUUGAAGCUGGCCUGUGGAACUGAUGUACCAGUAGUGGCCAAGGGCGUGGGGCUGGUGUGCAUCAUGGCCCUGCUGGGCUGCUGUCUCCUCAUCCUCCUCUCCUAUGCCUUCAUCGUGGCCGCCAUCUUGAGGAUCCCCUCAGCUGAGGGCCGGCACAAAGCCUUCUCCACCUGUGCGUCCCACCUCACUGUGGUCAUUGUGCACUACGGCUUUGCCUCUGUCAUCUAUCUGAAGCCCAAGGGUCCCCAGUCUCUGGAAGGAGACACCCUGAUGGGCAUCACCUACACGGUCCUCACCCCCUUCCUCAGCCCCAUCAUCUUUAGUCUCAGGAACAAGGAGCUAAAGAUAGCCAUGACCAAGACCUUCCUCAGCAAACUCUAUCCAGAAAAAAUAUGA